AUUGACUUGUGGUCAUUUCUUCAAGACCGGAACGAGGAAGGAAGCAACAUGAGCUUGGAGAGCGCUACGAAGCUUGUCGGUGUCAUCGGCGACGAAGACACCGUCACGGGCUUCAUCCUCGCGGGCGUCGGCCACCGCACGGCCGAAGGCACCAACUUCCUCGUCGUCAAGCCGACGACCCCGAUCUCGGUCAUCGAAGACGCCUUCAAGCGCCUCUCGAGCCGCGAUGACAUUGCCAUUAUUCUUAUCAACCAGCAUGUUGCCGAAGAGAUCCGCCAUCUCCUCAACGCGUACGAGCAGACGAUCCCCACGGUGCUCGAGAUCCCGAGCAAGGACCUGCCGUACGACCCGUCCAAGGACUACAUCAUGAAGCGCGUCAACCUCAUGCUCGGCGAAGGCCCGUAAAGCGCGCCGUGGACGUAGGAUGGCAUGGGGACGCUGUAGAGGCGCCACCCAUUAUCACACUCACAAUCUUUUGCAUCGUCG